AUGAAGAAAACCAACAUGUGGUUUCUGGAGCGGCUUCGGGGGUCCGGGGAGAACGGCGCCGCCGGGGGCGAGGCGGGAGACAAGGCCGCCAAGGGGCCCCUGUACAGUAACGUGCUCACGCCCGACAAGAUCCCCGACUUCUUCAUCCCCCCCAAGCUGCCGGCCAGCCCCGCGGAGCCCGAGGGGCAGGCGGAGCCGGGCGCGGCCGCGGAGCAGAGCCCGUACGAGGCGGCGCAGGCGCGCCUGCGAGUGCGCCUGCUGGCCGCCGAGGGCCUGUACGACCACCUGUGCGACGCCCGGAGCAUCAACUGCUGCGUGGGCCUGUGCCUGGUCCCCGGGAAGCUCCAGAAGCAGCGCAGCACCAUCAUUAAGAACAGCCGCCACCCCGUCUUCAAUGAGGACUUCUUUUUCGAUGGCCUCGGGCCGGCCAGCGUCCGAAAACUGGCCCUCAGGAUCAAGGUGGUCAACAAGGGCAGCAGCCUCAAGCGGGACACGCUGCUGGGGGAGAAGGAGCUGCCCCUCACCUCCCUGCUCCCCUUCUUGUAA